GGUGAAAGGUUCCUGUUUCAAGCAUCGCUCACUUAACAGUAAGCAGUGCGAUGUCCACUUCAUCGUCGGUGCCGAAACCUGAAAUAACGCGGGAUGCCAUAAUUUGCGACUGGAAGGUAACAAGAAAAAUUGGUUCCGGAGGCUUUGGAGCUGUGUACGAAGUUGAGAAGGACGGAGUGCGAGGCGCUCUCAAGACUGAGUUUGUGGACCAAACCGGCGAGCGAAGUGAAACUCUUAGAAACGAGGUCAUGCAGUUGCGAGUUAUGCAAUGGUCAAAACAUUUUUGUCGAUUAUACUUGGCAUGUAGACUAAGAUGUGGGAAAGAGAUCGUCAAUGUCAUGAUUAUGAGUCUGGUCGAAAGACCUCUGUCAAGACUGCGACGUAUGACGCCUGAAUCUCGUUUUACGCGUGCUACAGCAGUCAGACUGUCGCGACAGUGCUUGGAGGCUAUACAUGACCUACAUCGUACCGGGAUCAUACAUAGAGAUAUAAAGGCCAGCAAUUUUGCUUGGUCCUCGGAGCGAAUUGUCUACCUACUUGAUCUGGGAUUUUGUAGACGAUUUCUGGCUUUGAGCGAACAAGAAGUGCGACAUCGACCACCAAGAAAGCACGUUGCAUUUCUUGGGACUAGUAAAUACUGUUCCCCAAACAUGCACAAGAAACUCGAUCAAGGCAGGAGAGACGAUCUGUGGGCCUGGCUUUACAUGACAGUGGAAUUUAUGGCAGGUAAAUUGAUAUGGAGAAAUGACGAGGACAAGGUGAUUGAGAAAAAAAAAGAAAAAAUUGGAUCACGUCUACUGCUGAAAUGCCCUCAAGAGAUGUACAUGAUCUAUGACCACAUUCGACAUCUUGAAUUCAAAUCGAAACCAAAUUAUGAAAUGAUACGAAGACAACUAGAUAAAGUUUGUGCACGGUUGGAUUACUCAGAAAGUCAGCCGUAUGAUUGGGAAGAAGGUGGUUACUAUCACGAAUAUUACACCAAAAAAUCAGAUACUGAAAAGGAUCUCACCGAGAAAGAGUCCAAUCAAUCCGCAGCUGAUGUGGCGACGUGUGAGGAAGGAGCACUGAUAGAAAGUGAAGCAAGUGGAUGAUAGAGUCAAGAAGCGUUAAUAUCACAUCAUC